CUCCUCCAGCCCGUCCGCCCGCCGGAUGCCGCGCAGCGUGGGGGCCCCGGCGCGGCGUAGGAAUCCGCGGACCCCGCUCCGCGCAGUCCCUGGGGGUGCGCCCGCCGGGAACCUGCUCCGGUCUCUAAGCCCCGGCAGCUGGUGGGUAACUACCCAGAGGCCUGAGUCCCCGCGCCACGCAGCGACUGGCACGCAGCACCACGGAUCCAUCUGGGGAGGCACCACCGGCGCCGGCACACUGACACCCCGCGCCCUGGCCGUCGGCGGCUUGAGAAGCGAUGGUUGAAGCGACGGAGACCGCCGGCCCCGAGACCUUCGCCUCGGGAGAAAUGCAAGUCCGCCCCAACUUGCGCUGAGGACGCGCCACGCCCCCUCCCCAAUCCGAGCCGAGCUGGGCGCGCGUCGGGUGGAAACGGCGCCCGCGUCCUCGUGCCAAGAAGAAGCGGACUGUGCCCCGGGUCACUCGGACCUUGAGCGUUUAGAACUCCAAGGCGUGUGGGGACGGAGGCGACAAAGCGGAUUUGAAACCAGGAGUCGAGGCGGACGUGGGGAGCUGGUGCAGCAGCAGCGGCCGACGAGGCGGCGGCCUGGGGAGCCGCGCGGCCUGGGGGAGCGCCCAGCGGUCAUGGGCGAGCCGGCCGUCGGACGUCCGGGGACGGGCUGAGCCGCGAGCUCCCGGGCGGCCCGGGCGAGAGUCGGCCCGCGGCCACGGCCGCCCAGCGCGGGACUGCCCCCGGGGGCCCGGCCAUGGCCGGCCGGGGUUGCGGCUGCAGCUGCGGCCCGGGCCACCUGAACGAGGACAACGCGCGCUUCCUGCUGCUCGCCGCGCUCAUCGUGCUCUACCUGCUGGGCGGCGCCGCCGUGUUCUCGGCGCUGGAGCUGGCGCACGAGCGCCAAGCCAAGCAGCGCUGGGAGGAGCGCCUGGCCAACUUCAGCCGCCGCCACAACCUGAGCCGCGAGGAGCUGCGCGGCUUCCUCCGCCACUACGAGGAGGCCACCGAGGCCGGCAUCCGCGUGGACAGCGCCCGGCCGCGCUGGGACUUCACCGGCGCCUUCUACUUCGUGGGCACCGUCGUGUCCACCAUAGGGUUUGGGAUGACCACUCCGGCGACGGUGGGAGGAAAAAUCUUUCUGAUCUUCUACGGCCUCAUUGGGUGUGCGAGCACCAUCCUGUUCUUCAACCUCUUCCUGGAGCGCCUCAUCACCGUCAUUGCCUACAUCAUGAAGUCGUGCCACCAGCGACGGCUCCGGAGACGAGGGGCCCUGUCCCGGGAGAGCCUGAAGCCCCCGGGCAGGUGCGAGGGGGAGAGCUCGGCCGGCUGGAAGCCCUCCGUGUACUACGUGAUGCUGAUCCUGUGCCUGGCCUCCCUGCUCAUCUCCUGCUGCGCGUCGGCCAUGUACACCUCCAUCGAAGGCUGGAGCUACUUCGACUCGCUCUACUUCUGCUUUGUGGCCUUCAGCACCAUUGGCUUCGGGGACCUCGUCAGCAGCCAGAACGCCCAGUAUGACAGCCAAGGCCUCUACCGCUUUGCCAACUUCAUGUUCAUCCUCAUGGGCGUCUGCUGCAUCUACUCCUUGUUCAAUGUCAUCUCCAUCCUCAUCAAACAGUCCGUGAACUGGAUCCUGAGGAAAAUGGAUGGCGGGUGCUGCCGACGAUGCCAAAGGAGGCUCCUGAGGUCCCGGAGGAACGUGGUCAUGCCGGGCAACAUCCAGGACCGGGGCAACAUCUCCAUAGACACGGAUGGGGUGAUGGACAGCGACACGGACGGGCGGCGUCUCUCGGGGGAGAUGAUCUCCAUGAAGGACUUCUUGGCCGCCAACAAGGUCUCGCUGGCCAUCCUCCAGAAGCAGCUGUCUGAGACGGCCAACGGCUGCCCGCCCCAGGCCAGCGCGCCGUCCCGGGACAACGAGUUCUCAGGGGGGGUGGGGGCCUUUGCCAUAAUGAACAACAGGUUGGCGGAGACCAGUGGGGACAGGUAGGAGCGAGGAGCGGCCGCUGGGCGUGGAGGCCAGGAGAGUGGGCGAUGGGGGGAUUGGCACCGGCUCAGCUCUGUGCCGGGGCGGGUUCCCUCUGGAGUUGUCCUGUCACCCUCUGCAGGCCCGGCCUUAGAAAGCUCUUCUCCUCGGGCAGCCAGCCACCUUCUAGGGCUGCAGACCGAGGCCCAAGGCCCUUCUCCUUGUCUUUAUUCUCUGAGGUCUGAAUUCAGUCUUGAGAAUGAAUCCCAGAGGCAGCCUAAGACAUUGCACCGUUGUCUUACUCCCCUUCCUCCAGGGCUUUAACUGCCUAAGGGAAGGGGUUUAAGUACGUCUCUAUUUUCCUGCUGCUCUGGUCUUCGUUUAGAAAUAAAAAUCCUGAACGGAAAUCCUCAUUUUCCCCCCUGGAACCAUUAAUGGCUGGACCCACUGCCCUUUCCAGCCCCUUCAGAAAAGAGGAGGGGGGGAUGCUUCAGAAGGUGCCUGGGCCGUGGGCUUCCUUCAGAGCAGAUAUGUCCACGGUGCGACGGAUGGGGAAGUCACCUGGUCUACUCUCUGUGUCUGCUUCUCUGCGUUUUGUUUUUCCUUUCUUUUAUUUUUAAGAUCCUAAUGCUGGGCUAAGGUGUCUUUGGGACCUCGACGUGGUAAGAAGAAAGCUUCAGGCCUUUAAACUGCAGCCAAGUAGUGGACAGUCUCUUUUGU